UUGCAGUGUGCGCAACACACCGGUCGCACCAGUCGGCAUAUACCCACCGCACCAAUCAAGAACGACCAGCCGGUAGGUACGAAAAGUGAGCGCGAGUACCAGCAAGCACGUCUUUCGCCGGUCCAUGGUAAGUAGGUAAGUACCAGUCUUGCCUGGUCGUCGGUGGCAGGCGCUCGUCACAUUCUCAGCGGAUCUCGCAUCCGGUCUAACAAACAAAACGUGCACUACAAUGAACUAGUGUCGCCCGUGCGUCUAUCAACAUUGUGCGUUAAAUAGCGUUGAAAUCGCGAUAGCAGUUGCGUCUGCUCAAAGGCCCACCAUGCUGCCUGACUGGCUGAUUAGUCUAAUACUGCUGGCGGUUGUCGUGAUAACGAGUUGCGAUUUGCUGGAUGAGUAUGUUCGGCAUGUCGGAGAGUCCAACCAGGUUAAUGAAGGAAUCCCCGGACAUCGGGGACGGGUGCGUGCCAAACGUAAUGUCGUGCAAAAUCAACACGAAGAGGAUACAGAAUGGACCCACAGCGCUGUUUUGGAUUUUUCCGGUGCCGUGACGCUACGUUGGAAGCCUCGCCACGGGGAGAUCACCUUCCGCGUGGAGGCGCGUACCCGUGGAUACAUUGGAUUAGGCUUCAGCACCAACGGUGACAUGGAGCACGCGGAUAUGAUAAUCGGAUAUGUCGAUGAUAAUACCGGCCGCACACAUUUGAUGGAUUAUCAUGGAGUAAGCAAGAGUCAAGGCAGUGCUCCAGUUAAAGAUGACGUCGACAACUAUAGACUGCUACACGGCAUUCAAAACGACACGCAUACGAUAUUGGAAUUCCGGCGUGCCUUAGACACGUGCGAUCCGCACGAUUAUGUGCUCAAUGGCGAUACGGUGCGUGUAAUAUGGGCGCUGCACGACCACGACCCACAUUGGCCUACCGAACUCAUCUAUCACGGCGAGAAGCGUGGCGUGCAGAGUCUGCAUCUGUUGGCGCCCCCGCUGCCAAAGUACGAUGCUCCUAAACACGUGCGGGACUGGGAGGUCACUAUGAACAAUGUGGAGGUAAAACAGGAUAUGAAAACCAUGUACUGGUGCAAGAUAUUCAAGGCCCCUUCGCUGCAAACCAAGCAUCAUAUUGUUGGCUACGAACCAAUAAUUGGACUCAAUCACAGUAAUUACGUGCACCACAUGCUCUUUCACGAAUGUAACAUUGAUCCGACCGACGCGACCACCUGGGAGACUUACAGUCGGUCUGAGGGAGUGCCAUGCUAUUCCAAAGAAAUGCCUCGCAAGUGGGAAAACUGCCAAACGACGGUGAUUGCAUGGGCGGUCGGUUCAAAAGGCGAAACAUAUCCAUCCCAUGUGGGUCUGCCGUUAGGCGAACGAGUCCAUAGUUAUUUCAUGCUUGAAGUACACUUUGACAACCCUACGUUGAAGCGCGCCGUGGACACUACUGGGCUACGUGUUCGCUACACUCACAAGCUGCGCCAGCACGACGCCGGUAUCCUUGUUACAGGGGUGGCCCUCAGUGCGCUGCACGUUGUUCCGCCUCUGCAACCUGAGUACAAAUCGGCAGGUUACUGCAGUUUAGAUUGUAGCAAGAUGCUGCCAUCCACUGGAAUCAAUGUGGUGUCCGUCUUGCUUCACUCACAUCUUGCCGGUCGCAAAAUGAAGCUGCGACAUAUACGCGCAAAUAAAGAAUUGCUUCCACUGGCGGAGGACAAUCACUAUGACUUCAACUACCAGCAGAGUAGGCGGUUACCGCAAGAAAUCUCUAUUCUGCCAACGGAUUCUCUUAUUACCGAAUGUACUUAUUCAACGAUGGGUCGUAAACCCACAUUAGGCGGAUAUUCUACGAGUGAAGAAAUGUGUCUAGCGUUUGUACUGCACUAUCCAAAGACGCAGCUAUCCGGCUGCUUUUCAAUGCCGCCAAUUAAGACAUUCUUUGAGACUUUGGGAGUCAAGGAGUUCUACGAUAAGAAAAUGAACGACAUAGAGAAGAUAUUUCUUGAUGGUACCAACGAAGUAAUCACGCCACCAACGACCAAAGCACCACUAUUCAAGUACAAGCGGGAUGAGAACUCCCCUGAAGCAAACGCCCGUGCUAUCAAAGCGCUACAAAAUGCGAAGGACUUCACUAUUGAGGGCGAAGGCGAGCACGACAAUAGCGGACUCAAUAUUUUAGACCAAUUGAUAAUUAAGGAGCCCGAGUUUCAAAACAAAACGUUUAUGGCCCACUUGGAGGACAUUCCGUAUCACGCCGAGGAGCUGACACAGAAAAUUGAGGAGUACUUUUAUAAAGGACUGCACUUAACAUUCUGUAAACGAAGAAACGAUACUAAGGAUAUUAAAGAGAACGUAGAAAAACUCCCGGAUUUUCAACCAUUCACCAGUAACAAUACGCUUAGAUGCAGUUACAGAUCCAGUUAUUCAUCCUCAAGCUUUACACCAUCCGCUGUGUACUUAAUGGUAGUUGCCGUGUUCGCAUUGAAUGUGAUUAUGUCGCGUGCGCAUUGAUUUGCCAUCAAACUGCGAUAUUAUGGCGACUACAAACCUUGCAUCUUCAUAUAAUUUGGUCAUUAAGUUAAAUUCACUUCUCCUUAACUCGACUCCCUUGUGAAUAGUGUACAAUUCAACUUAAUUAUGUUCGCUCCUGUUUGUAAAUAUUCUCGUAAAUUAUUAUUUAACUAAGCUUUCUUAGUGUGUAGUCAUGAUGAUAAAAGGAAGCUGAUUGAAACGGUCAAACCAAAAACUAGAAUUAUAUAAUAUUUAUUAGUAUUGUCCUUUGUUGUAAAAUUCGAAAAUCCGAAGACUUCGCAGCCCAGACCAGAAUAACAAUGUCAAUUAAAACAAGCUGUGAGUAAUACUUAUGUUUUGCUGAUGAAAUACGAUUAUAUCUAACAUGUGACCAAAAGUGAAUAAGCAUUUUUGGAAUGUAUACUUUCAAUAUGAAAUAAAAUAGUUACUUAAUUACUAAUUAAA